CUUUUUGGAGGUUCACCUGAAACUAGAGAGGGAACAGAAAGCAGUACCAGGCAUUGAAACAAUGAAAGGGGCAAGAGAUUAAGAAGCAAAGAGGAGCUGAGGCUAAAGCAAGGACAAGAAUCUAGGUCAAGAUAUAGACAGAGGACAAGAGUGGGACUUGUUCUGAUAAGAAGUGGAACCACAAAGUAGAAUUUAAAGAACGUCUGAAUUAGAGGAGACAAAGAGUUUAGAGUUGUAUUAGAGCAAUGAAACUGAGCAAAAGGAAGGCGGUGCUGCUGGCCAUCACAGAAAACAUUGAGAUGGAGCUGUUUUCUUCAGAGGAGUCCUGCAUGGUGACAUUAAUACAAGAGGAGGAGGAGGAGGAGGAAGAAGAGGAGAGCUUUUACCAGAGACAUCUGGAGCAUCCUCUGGUCCCUGACUCUGAGGAGGAACCAGAGCCUGAGGAUCCGACCCCACCCAGGCAGCAGGCCAAGCCCAAAAAAGAGUCUCCCACCAAAACAGAGGCCGAGCACUGCCCCCCUGCUCUGGGGUCCAUGGGGUUCAUGGAGGAAACUGUGAUAGAAAUGGAGGUGUUUGAUCCCCUCAGAGUGUCUGAGAUUGAGCUGCUGGAGAUGAAGUCCCAUGAUCCUUCCAUCAUGAGCCCUCAUUCCCCAAACAAAGCUGUCUGUCUCAAGUGGAAAAGACUGACUCCGCAGAAGACUGGACUUGUGGUCAAAGACGUGGUCUGUCUACCCAGAGGACACUACCUGACACAGCUGGAGAGACUCACUGUUCCACGAGGCAAAGAACGGGCAACUCUUGCAGCCAUGGGAAUGACUGCUCGAAUCACCAUUGAUUAUGGGUGGUCGGCCAAUCAGAUGGAGAGUCGGCUGGCAGUGCUCUUCCGUGGGCAGUUUGCAAAAUGGGCAGGACAAAGGUUCUCCUUCACAUAUCUACAGUGUGUGCCGGGCUCCAGGGUGUUGUUUGUCCCAGACACCCCUGCAGAAUGCUGGACUGGAGAACAGGUCCUCAGAAUUUCCGGACAUGGUGCUUUGUACAUCCUCAGCCACCAAGACUACCCUCAGGCAGAAUCUGAGAUGUUAGCAAGCGAGCCACCUGUGGUGAACAGGAAGGAGUUUUGUCUGGAGGCCAGCACAGAGAGAUGCCCCAACGAAGACAAUCAGCUGGGAAGACAGACCCGGCUAUGUGUUCCCAGCACCACAGAGGAGUUGACGCUCGACCUGGACUCCAUCCUGAGACUGUUCAGACAGGAGAAUGUGGAUCGAGAUGUGGAGACCCACAUCCAGGUGAGGAGGAGAGACCUGCUCCAAAGCGCCAUGAAGGUGGUGAGGAGGCCGGGCUUCUGUUUCAGAUGGACACCCGUCAUCUCCUUCAGUGGAGAGGACACUGACAGCCAUGACGGACCUCUCAGAGAGUUCUUCAGAUUGACUUUGCUGGAGCUGCAGCAAAGUUCUGUGUUUGAGGGUCUUCCGGGACGUCUGUUCUUGACCUACGACCUCGCAGCUCUCGAAGACAGGAAGUAUUAUGAAGCAGGAGUUCUGAUUGGCUGGUCUCUGGCUCAGGGCGGGCCUGGACCUCAUUGUUUACACCCUGUGCUCUACGAGUUGAUGUGUGGCCAAAAUCCAUCGUUGGAGGACUUCAGCUGGAGAGACAUUGUUGAUACUGAAGCACAGAUCCGACUGCAACAGCUGCAUUGUUGCACCAGUGUGAAGCUGCUGUCUCCCAGUCUGUGUGACUGGGUGUCAAGCUGUGGGAUCCCUGGAAUCCAUUUGGCCCAUUCUGACGAAAUACCAUCUAUCUGUAUUCGCCUGGUCAAACAUUACAUCUACCAUAGGGUGGCAAGUAUGAUCUCCCAGUUCACAGAAGGGUUGAACAGCUGUGGUGGAUUGUGGGAUACGAUACUGUCUCACUGGAAGGAGUUUCUGCCAGUGAUGACGAGUGCACAGCAGCAGCCUCUGACCCUGGAAGAGUUCAAACAGCUUUUCACUGUCUGCUACAGCCACCUAGACAGCCAGCUACAGGCGGCUGAGGAAGCAACAGUUGGACACUGGGAAACAGUCCUCACUUUGAUCAGCGAUGGUCAGACAGAUUAUUCCUUUGAAGACCUCCUCGCCUUCAUCACAGGAGCUGAUCAUCUGCCUCCUCCUGGGUUCCCCAGAUUGAUCUCCCUGCGUUUUUACUCCCAGGAUGCUAGCAUGCCUGGUGUGCGUCUGCCUCACACCUCCACCUGUGCUCUGGAACUCUUCCUGCCCAGGGGACUGGCGGGGGCUGCAGACCUGUCAGCGCUGCUGAGCAGAGCCGUACACGAGGCCCUCGGCUUUACACAUUUCCAGACACAGGGAGAUGGAGAGGACAGCUGCGUAGAUGUGAUGACAAAUUUAUAAGGUGGAUGCCCGACUGGAUACUAAACAUCCUGCUGAAGCUGACACUUUGGAACUCAAAAGUUUCCACAGUAUAUGAACAAUAUGACUGUCUUUUUGACGUCUUACAGAAGCUAGUUCAGAUACUUCCUGCAUUGUGUGUCUCUGCUGAUACUUGUAUUUGAUAUU